AUCAUCUGAGAUAUAGGAAUAUAGGGAAUAAAUAUGACAGAAUCCCAUAAUGAAGAUAUAAAUAACGAUAAUAGUAAAGAUAUUUCUGCUAAAUUAGCCCAAUUGGAUGAGAAAUUACACGUAGAAGAGAAGAUAAAGGAUGGCGCAGAGAAUCUCUUACAGGUCUUUGACACUACAAAAUCUGAUAACCAAGAAAUGCUCAGGAAGCAAGUCGAGGAUGCACUCACAAAAGCUAACGACAAUAUCACGAAGCUUAAUAAGGAUAUCGAAUAUCUGAAACUUAUACCUAAUACCCCACGCAAGAAACCACCUACGAUACAAUCUACAUCAAUAAACGACUCUGCCCGUCGGCGACGUACACCAGAGACAUUUAUCGAACCACCCGAGGAUCACAAAACUGCAUUCAACAAUGGAAUAGACUUCCUACAGUCUUUGGCUUCACUUAACCACUCCUAUUUCGAUCCAGAGAGUUUAGCUUCUAGGAGAAUAGACCUCAUGGCCGGCUUAACCGACGCACUCAAGAGGAACUUCAGAUUGCGCUAUGAGCUCGAUCAGGAUGUACUCAUACAUGCAGUGAAGAGCUGUCUUUCUGACAAUGCUGGUGUUCCCGUUCGGACGGUCGCUUACCGUCUUCUUCGUCAUGCACUCGUCGAUAGAUCUUCCGCAGAGCUUUACGAGAGCUACGGCGUUAGGCUCUACCUCAUACGUUCACUCGCUCGUGAUGCAUCUUCACAACUCGAGAAGGAGCAAGCCAUUUUCUUUAUUAGGGCCUUGAUUGAUCUAGGCAACCAUCGAGGGCUUCUCAUAGAUCAGUCAAUCAUCCGGGCUAUCAUCGCCAUUGCUGAGAAUGGUGAAGAUCCACUUAGAUACCUCUGCUUGGAGUUGUUAGCUGAAGUUGCACUCCUGGAUAUGCCUCUUCUCUCAAAAUCACAAGGUCUUAAUAUUCUUCUAUCAGCUCUUAGUGGUUCUUCCCCAGAUCUGACACACUUUGCACCCGUUUUGGCAUCUCUCUUUUGUUAUAUCAUUGAUAACCCACUUACACGACAGUACCUCAAACCUGGCACUGAUCUUGAAGUAAGUUUGGCUGCAUUUACGGAUGUACCCUCUGCGCAUUUCAAGGCUUCAAACGCUCGUAUCGAGAGAUUGAAAUGCGCGAGCAGCAUUCUAGUCAUUCUCCUUAAAAGUUGGACUGGAUUGCUAUACUUUUGCGUAAAUGAUAGACGAGCUUUGAAGACAUUGAUUGAUGCUUUACGUGUUCCUUCACAGGAAUUACGCGAAGCGCUGCUUGAUUUAAUAUUUGAAUUGCUCAAUAUUAAGACUCCUGCUUGGUAUGUUGCUUCCUUGGAAGGAAAAAGACAGACGAUGUACAAUCGAUCAACGGGUCAGCGUAAGACUACCGAACGCGGUCAAGACUCAGAUAAACCUGAGAAAAUUACUAUCAUCGAUCAUUAUAUUGCACUCCUUCUGGUUGUACUCAUUGAUAGUGGAUUGAUCGAGGGACUUACGGCUAUAGUUGAAGAGAAGAAUGAAGUGCUUACUCGAAAGGCAACUCUUCUUUUAGGAGAGUUGCUACGAAAGGGUAAUAGAAUUCUACCAACUGCUUAUGCAGCCAAAUUGCAAACUUUACCGCGAUUAUUUGCUCUUGCUGCAGAAUAUAGUGGCGAUCUACGUCUAUCAGCUUGCUCAGCCCUAGCUACAAUCGAUCAUUUUAAUAGAGUGCGAAAUAGACCUACACCAACACCAGCUAAGGAUAGCAGAAAAAGAUCAAAUUCGCUAGAUGAUCCAAUGAGGAGAGGACAACGACAAGUCGAACAAGUAAAAAUGCGUAUAGGAAUGCAGAUAGAUGACAAAAACUUUCAUGCCAUGUUGCUGGAAUCUCAGGUGUUGGUCACCAAGGAUAACGUUAGAUGGAAUUAUGACAUAGUAAAUGAUCUCCUCGAAGGCCCUCUACUUAAUCCUCGACGUUUAGAAGAGGCAUUUAAGAAUACAAAGUUAAUUAAGCGCCUUAUGUCAUUCUAUCAUCCCUUCAAUUUGAGAUUCUCGAAUACAAAAAAGACGAAGCCGAAUAUGAGAUGGGUGCGACUUGGUUGUCAACUGGUCACAACUUUCCUCACAAGCGAAGAAGGAAGGAGGUAUCUGGCUGAAGACAAACUCUUAAGGCAGCUAAGCGAUUGCUUUUCACAACUAGAUCCAUUACAUGCUAGUCAAGGAGUUAUGGGUGAACCAAUAUUCUCGCGUAAUAGGUUAGAAGAUACGCUUUGUAUUGGGUAUUUUGAAAUGAUAGGUACGAUAAGCAAGACACCCGAAGGAAUAGAAUUAUUAGAGAAACACAAAAUAUUUACUUCCUUCUACCAUCUCAGUGAAUUGAGAAGUAGGGAAGAUCUAAUGAAGGCCAUCAUUGAAAAGUUAGAUUACUCAAAUUCUGGACAUCCAAGAAUUAUUCUCUCGAAAGCUCUUACCGCUAGUUAUAAACAUGUACGACAAUUCGCAACUACUCAUUUAGGUGAACUUAUAAUUUCAUCUGCAAAAUCAAAUGAGUGGGCAUUAGACCUCCUGAUAACACAGCUUUAUGAUCCUGCUAUUGAAAUUUGCGAAUUGGCGGUUAAAUAUCUCGAGAAAGUAUGUGAAUCUACGGAAAUACUUGAAUUGGUGGUUAGCAUGAUGCCUAGUUUGGAUCACCUUGGCGAAACUGGUCAUCCGUUAAUGUUACGUUUCUUAUCAACGUCUGUUGGAUUCAAAUACCUCAAACAAUUCGACUACAUUGAUAGAGAAAUAGAAGACUGGUUCCAUGAAAGAAACGCAAAUUACGUCGUUUUGAUUGAAGUCUAUCUCUCUCAUGCGCUUGGGAUGAGUGCUUUUGAUAAUAGCGACGCCAAUAUUAGUUUCGAUGGCACCGUUCCUUCACAUUUCUACGGUGAACUCACGAAAACAUAUGAAGGUUGUGAACUCCUAGCUGAGAAAGGGCAUUUCGGAGAGUUUGCAGAAUUCAUCAGACGACAUGGUUUGGAGAAUAGAGAUGGUGAUUUAAUUAAUAAAUUGAAGAGCGUUUUAUGGGCAGUUGGUACUAUUGGAUCAACACCUCAUGGUCUUCCUUUCCUUGAAGAUGAGAAGAUAAUUGGAAAUAUAGUUAGAAUAGCUGAACAAAGCGAGUUUAUUUCCCUUAAAGGUACUUGUUACUUUGUCCUAGGUUUGAUAGCAUCCACUGAGGCCGGUAUCGCAAUCCUUGAUGGAUAUGGUUGGCAAUCGACGGUAUCUACUCUUGGUCAACCACUUGGUAUAUGUCUUCCAAAAGAUUUAAGUAAAUUUGUCGUUAUACCCGAAUGGGAGCGAACAUUAACUCAGGGAGAAAUUAGCUCAACAUUUGUCUUAGAAGAACCUACUAAGGCUGUAGACAAGGAAAUAAUUGGAGUUUUAUCAGAUCUUAGUAAUCAACUAGUAGCUGGUGGUGCAUCACGCUCUCUAAUCAAGCUGAAAAUGCAGAAUACAACUUUCAGAGCACUAUACCUUAUGGGAUCAUUCCAUUACAGAGCACCAGCUAGGAAAAGCAUAAUAGACGCCUUCGAUAUUGAAUUUAAUGAUGUGAAUGUCAGAGAGAUAAUGAAAUCAACAGAAGAAUUAAAACAAAAUGGACGGAAUAUCAACGUUGAUAUAUCUGCACUUGAAUCAGAAGAAGCUAAAUGGAGAGAAGAAUUAGGGGAGGUUGUUAAUGACGAGGUUGACAUUCUACUAAAGAAGGCAAAGAAUGCAGCUGUAUUUGACGAAAAGAAUGUUCUAGCGGCGACCUUAGAUUCUGAUCAAGAAAGUGUUGAUAUAGGGCGAGCUAAGAAUACAAAGGGCGAACGGACCGUUAAGUCAGACCCUGUACGCACAGUCGUCGGUGGAUUUGGGAAUGAGAAUCAAAGUGAAGCCAGUCGGAGUGGUAGAUUUAGGAUGUAA